GUCGACUCUCAAAUUUUUGAAUCUGCUGGCCGGUUUCUCAAACGCCUUUCGGGCAGUCAGAGCACGUUUCUAAAUUCGGAACUUUACGUCGCAGCCGGCACGGCGCUGUCUGCUUCGUGGCCAACGUCUUCCGGCAGAUCGAGAAUACUUUGUUUGAGGCUACAGUCGUAGAGUUGCGGGACGGCGUUCUUACGAUCGAACCAGGCCUGCGCCCUGUCCGAUAAGCUCUUAUAGGCGCCGCUCGUACGAGCACAUCUUGCCCCUUCCUCCACUCCCACACGGCAUUCUUUCUUCCCGCGCGGCCUCGACAUGUACACGCACUGCAAGACCGGGGACGAUGUCCAUUCCGCGCUGUCCACGCUCAGCCAGGCUGCCAGGGUCUUCCUCGACUGCGAGGGCGACUACCUCGGCUACGAAAGUGGACUCAUGACCGUCAUCUCGAUCGGCGCUGCAGUGGUGGAUUCGGACGAGAUGCCCAUCUUUCUCUUCGACCUCACCAUCCUCAACAAGGACGCCCUGCACCCCCUCUUCGACGGCGUCCUUGCCAACGCCGAGGUGGAGAAGAUCGUGUUUGACGGGCGCAUGGACCAGAGCGCGCUGUUACACGAGCACGGGGUGACGCUGGUGAACGUCGUGGAUCUGCAGCUGGUGGAUGUACAGAGCCGAGCGCUCCGCGGCGAGAAACCCUACCAGCAGCAGGGACGCCUGAUCGCGUUUUUGCCGCGGAACGAGGUGAAGAGGAACUCCUCCAUGUAUGUCCACGUGCACAAGCUCGAUGGGCUGGCGCACGCGAUUCGGCAGCACAAAGUCAAAAUCGACAAGGAGCUGCCCGCUCUUAAGGAUUCAUCGCGGACCCUCAACUGGCGCGUGGUGGAUGAAGCGAUGCUCGUCUAUUCUGCGAAUGACAUCAAGCUGAUAGCUGCUCUUCACGCCUACUUCGACGGCGCAGGAUAUCUCCGUCUCCUCGGGAGCAUCCGCCAACAAAGUGCGCGCUACAUCGCGCUGUGGGUCACCGCCCCGCGUAUCUGGGGAGAUGAGUACAGGUCGCAUGGACUGUUGCCGCUGGCCGUUCUCGAGGAGACCUCCUCGCUCGGCUGCAGGAUUUGUUCGGGAUGCAAACGAGCGCUACCGCAGAGCGCCUUCCCCAAAUCAGCGUGGGCAAAGCCCUCGAGGAAAUGCUGGGUGUGCCGGGCUGUCGACGUGCGCCUAAGGAUUCGCGGGAACGAAAAUCUUCUGAAGUAACAAUACUUGUAUUAAGCUAGUGCGCAUCUACGAGCUGUUGACCGCCCGGAAUGUCUCGACCGACAAAGAGUAUAAUGGUUUGGGAUGGAAGGAUUAGAGCAAACACCCGUAGGUGGGACAUCACGGAGCUGGUAUCUUGCGAAGGCGUGCGCCAGGCGCAUCAGAUGCAGCGUUGGUCACGAGGACUGUUAGCAGUAGAUCCAUCAAUCAUCAAGAUUCAUCACCCCAAACAGCUCUGCUGCCUCGCCUCAUGUCUUCCGAGCACCUUCUCUGGCUCCAUUCCAGGGCUCAUCCUGAACAGCCGAUUAUCCAAAUGAGUGCACUUCUUGGUGCUAAGCGCUCCUGCCGCACCUAGGCUGUGACUGCCCGCUUCGGCUCUGCGCCUUUACCUCGAUGGUGACUCGGCAAGCAGGAAGCAGGGUCUGCACCCCAGAAUGUCACCGCUGUUCCGUCGACUGCAUGCAUACGUACGGCGUGACGUGCUGAGGCCAUAAAUGCACAACAGUCCAGCAGCCUACGUCUCGCAUUUCACCUGCCGCGGCUUCGCUUCUACCCGUCGAGCAACCUCCCAGCACUCAAGUAGCGCUAACUACUCAGUUGCACUCGCGCUCGUAUUCCAGUCGCACGAUGUCGGUGUACGACGCCUCCCCGGAAGCACAUGCGAGAUACACAGCGACCCAGCAACGCGUGGGAGACUGGGCGCGCCAGACGUCGGCGGCUGCCACGUCGCGAGUGUCUUCCUCGAGCAGGAGCCAUUGCCCGUCAACCAGCUCCGCGGGCCCCGCACCUCGCGCAUCAUCCUCCAGCAGCAGCAUCCUCCCGUCGCACUCGAUCUCGCAGGUGCUCAGCUCCAGGAGCGGUAGCGCCGCCGGCCACACGCGGCAGGUGGCACCCACCGGCACCAUCCCCCCAUCGCGUCCGAUGUCGCACGCUCACGCCCCGUCGCACUCGAUCUCGCAGGUCCACAGCUCGAGAAGCGGCAGCUCCGCAGGCCACGCACGGCGGGCGGCACCCACCGGCGCCGUACCCGCCUCGCGUUCGAGUUCGAUGUCGCAGGCUCACAGCACCCGCAGUGCCCCCACGAGCUCUGCAGGCCGGCACCCUGCUACCCCCAGCAACAGCCUACGCCCGGCCCCGGCCCUGGGCCCGAGCGCGGCAAGCAGCAGCCGGACUGCUAGGACCUACGUCGUGACGCCGUCGCCGGGCGGGGGCGUGAUCAUCUUUCCGCGCAAGAACAAGGGGCCGCGGAUCGUGGUG